GUCGAUUCUCAGCGGACCCACGCAUCGGACGGCCUGACUAACAUCGGCCCACAUCGAGCUCAUCCUCCCCUCCAUCCUCCUCACAGCCCCUCUACACACCGUCACCAUGUCGGGAGCAGCAGCAUCGGCAGGCGCGUCAAAAUUCUCCUCGUUCAUGAACCACCCCGCAGGCCCGAAGACUGUGUUCUUCUGGGCGCCGGUCAUGAAGUGGUGCCUCGUCGCUGCCGGUGUCAAGGAUCUCUCCCGGCCCGCUGAGAAACUGAGUGUGUCGCAGAACCUCGCUCUAACGGCGACUGGUUUCAUCUGGGUGCGCUACUCCUUCGUCAUCACGCCCGUCAACUACAGUCUGGCAGCGGUCAACGCGUUCGUAGGGUCGACAGGUCUAGGCCAGCUGGCGCGCGUUUGGUAGUACGUACAAUCCCGCCCCCACACUCCCGCUUGGCUCUUAUCCUGGCACGUGUACGACAGCUACCAGAGGACGGGCUUGGAUCCUGUGAUGGAGAAGUUCGGCGCGGCGCCUGUCGCCGAACUCACCACAGAGAAGACGA